CGCCCCGCGCCGCGCACAGCUCGGGGCGCACGGGCUCCGGACGCACCGACGGGCCCCCGGACGGACGCCGUACCGGACGGAUGUGCGAAGCGCCCCGCGGGCCUCGCACGACAGGGGACCUUUUGGCUCGAGGUGGCACCUGGGCUGGCUGUGGGACCAUGGUGCCGCUCGGGGAGCCUACGGGAGCGCGGCUGGCCCUGGCGCUGGCGUUGGCCCUGGCCCUGGGAGCAGGCGUGGGCGUGGCAGCCCCUGGGCAGGACUGCACGGGUGUGGAGUGCCCGCCACUGGAGAACUGCAUCGAGGAGGCUCUGCAGCCUGGUGCCUGCUGCGCCUCGUGUGUGCAGCAGGGCUGCGCCUGCGAGGGCUACCAGUACUACGAUUGCCUGCAGGGCGGCUUCGUGCGCGGCCGCGUGCCCGCCGGCCAGUCCUACUUCGUGGACUUCGGCAGCACCGAGUGCUCCUGCCCACCAGGCGGUGGCAAGAUUAGCUGCCAGUUCAUGCUGUGCCCGGAGCUCCCACCCAACUGCAUCGAGGCCGUGGUAGCGGCCGACAGCUGCCCGCAGUGUGGCCAGGUGGGCUGCCUCCACAGUGGUCGCAAGUAUGCUGCUGGCCACACGGUCCACCUGUCACCCUGCCGGGCCUGCCACUGUCCUGAUACCGGCGGGGCACUCAUCUGCUACCAGCUCCCCGGUUGCCCUGGAGAUGCCGAGGCCGUGCCCACUGCUACCUCCGGGAACUUCUCAGAUGCCGAGGAGGGUGACACUGAGCGGCACUAUGAAGACCCCUACAGCUAUGACCAGGAAGUAGCUGAGGCAGAAGCGGCAGCGGCCCUGGCAGGCGAGCUCCAGGCAGGUGCAGGGGGCCCUGCUGCUCUGGGAGGCGGGAGCCAGCCACUGUCUGCCAUCCAGGCCACCCCCUGGCUGGCUGCCCUCCCCAGGCCCACAGUGGCUGCUGCCUUGGGUCCACCAGCACCUGUGCAGGCCAAAGCUAGGAGAGUGACAGAGGACAGCCAGAAGGAAGGGGAGGAGGAGAGGGAGGCAGUAGCUGGCAGGGAGCAGCUGGCAGCAGGUGGCGUCAGGGGGCUCGAUGGGCCUCCCACUGUAGGCCCAGCCAGGCCCAGUCUCCCUGUCCAAGAGGAAGGCGCAGAUGUCCGAGCAGGGCCCGAAGAGAACCUUAUCCUGGAUGCCCAGGCCACCCUGCAAAGCACAGGGCAAGCGAGGGCUGGACCUGUGCUGGGGUUAAGCACAGCCAGUGUCCUCCAGCCUCAGGCCACGUCAAGCUCUCCUGGAGACCCGACGAAACCCAGCACCCACAGCGUCCUGACCACAGUUCUCCAUGAGGCAGCCCAGGUCCUACCCACCCUGGAAGUGCCCAGGCAGCCACCGGUUCUGCCCCAUCAGCCAGAGGAGGACACAGACCCCAACUCUGUCCAUUCUGUCCCCAGAGGUGACCCUGAAGUCUCUACGAAGGACCUGAUUGAGACGUGCUGUGCAGCCGGACAGCAGUGGGCCAUUGACAAUGACGAGUGCCUGGGAAUCCCUGAGAGCGGCUCUGAGGGCGACGUCUGCAGGACAGCCCAGAAGCACUGCUGCGUGUCCUACUUGAAGGAGAAGAGCUGCAUGGCUGGUGCCAUGGGGGCCAAGGAGGGCGAGGCCUGUGGGCUGGAGGACAGCGACACCUGUGGCGUCUCCCUGUACAAGCAAUGCUGUGACUGCUGUGGCUUGGGGCUCCGUGUGCGUGCUGAGGGCCAGUCAUGCGAAUCCAACCCCAACCUGGGCUACCCCUGCAACCAUGUCAUGCUCUCCUGCUGUGAGGGCGAAGACCCCCUCAUUGUCCCCGAAGUCCGCCAACCUCCUGAGCCUGAGACCGCACCACAGAAAGUUUCAGAGGCGCAGGUGGGGAGCCGGGAGGCCCUGUCACUGGGCAUGGAAACCGAGCUGCCCAACAGCCUGCCCGGAGAUGACCAGGACGAGUGCCUGCUCCUGCCCGGCGAGCUGUGCCAGCACCUGUGCAUCAAUACCGUGGGCUCCUACCGCUGCGCCUGCUUUCCUGGCUUCUCACUGCAGGGCGAUGGCCGCACCUGCCAGCCAGACGGUGGCCCCCCACGGCCGAAGGCUGCAGAGGAAUCCUCGCUGAAGCCAGACUCCUCCCAAGUGGCCCCCAACACCAUCUUGCUCCCACGGCCACAACCCAACACCUGCAAAGACAAUGGGCCCUGCAAGCAAGUGUGCAGCCUUGUCGGGGACUCCGCCAUGUGCUCCUGUUUUCCCGGCUACGCCAUCAUGGCGGACGGUGUGUCCUGUGAAGACCGAGACGAGUGCCUGCUGGGUGCUCACGAUUGUAGCCGGCGGCAGUUCUGUGUGAACACCCUGGGAUCCUUCUACUGUGUCAACCACACAGUGCUCUGUGCCCAGGGCUUUAUCCUCAACGUGCACAGGAAGUGCGUGGACAUCAACGAGUGUGUCACAGACCUGCACACGUGCAGCCGGGGCGAGCACUGUGUGAACACAGUGGGCUCCUUCCGCUGCUACAAGGCUCUCACCUGCCAGCCGGGCUACGCCCUCGAGGACGGCGAGUGCACAGAUGUGGACGAGUGCGAGCUGGGCACACACAACUGCCAGGCAGGAUUCACGUGCCUGAACACCAAGGGCUCCUUCUACUGCCAGGCUCGUCAGCGCUGCAUGGAGGGCUUCCUGCAGGACCCCGAGGGCAACUGUGUGGACAUCAAUGAGUGUACGUCGCUGUCCGAGCCGUGUCGGGCCGGCUUCAGCUGCAUCAACACAGUGGGCUCUUACACGUGCCAGAGGAACCCACUGCUGUGCGGGCGCGGCUACCAUGCCAAUCAGGACGGGACCAAGUGUGUGGAUGUGAAUGAGUGUGAGGCAGGCGUGCACCACUGCAGGGAGAACCAGCUGUGCCACAACCUCCCUGGCUCCUACCGCUGCGACUGUAAAGCCGGCUUUCAGCAGGACCUCUUCAGCCGGACCUGCGUAGAUGUGAAUGAGUGCUGGACCUCCCCGGGCCGCCUGUGCCAACACACAUGUGAGAAUACGCUCGGCUCCUACCGCUGUUCCUGUGCCUCCGGUUUUCGGCUGGCUGCUGAUGGCAAGCGCUGUGAAGAUGUGAAUGAGUGUGAGGCCCAGCGCUGCAGCCAGGAGUGUGCCAACAUCUACGGCUCCUACCAGUGCUACUGCCGCCAAGGCUACCAGCUGGCUGAGGACGGACACACCUGCACAGAUAUUGACGAAUGCGCGCAGGGUGCCGGCAUCCUCUGCACCUUCCGCUGUGUCAACGUGCCCGGGAGUUACCAGUGUGCGUGCCCAGAGCAGGGCUACACCAUGACUGCCAGCGGGAGGUCCUGCAAGGACCUGGACGAGUGCGCACUGGGCACCCACAACUGCUCUGAGGCUGAGACCUGCCAUAACAUCCAGGGUGGUUUCCGCUGUCUGCGCUUCGAGUGCCCUCCAAACUACAUCCGAGUCUCUGAAACGAAGUGUGAGCGCACCACGUGCCACGACUUCCUGGAGUGCCAGAACUCGCCCUCGCGCAUCACGUACUACCAGCUCAACUUCCAGACCGGCCUCCUGGUGCCAGCACACAUCUUCCGCAUCAGUCCGGUGCCCGCCUUCGCAGGGGACACCAUCACCCUGACCAUCACCAGGGGCAACGAAGAGGGCUACUUCGGCACGCGCCGGCUCAACGCCUACACAGGCGUCCUGUACCUGCAGCGGUCUGUGCGCGAGCCGCGGGACUUUGCCCUGGAUGUGGAGAUGAAGCUCUGGCGCCAGGGCUCCGUCACCAUCUUCCUGGUCAAGAUGCACAUUUUCUUUACCACCUUUGCCCUGUAAGGCACUCGCCUGAGUGCCCUGCGGGGCCCGCAGGACCCAGGGUCCUCCCGCUGGCCCCAGCACCGCCCCCAUACCACCUGCCAGCGCUCAGCACUGCCUGAGUGGGGCCCGGUUACACGGGCAGUUUUUACUCUAACUCUGUAAAGUAACUUAAUUUUGCUGACUGGGUUCCUGGGCCUGUCUUAUGCCCCCACCCCCAUGGGAAGGAGCUUGGUGGCGGGAGGUGUGUGGAAGCUUUGAGAGCAGUUCAAGGUCACUGCCGGUGCCCUGUGGGUAGAGUGGGAGGACCAGAGGCCGGCUGAUGACCAAAGACUGGAAACACAGCGACCACGUUGGGGCUCUUGGACUCAACUGGAUGACCUGUCCCCAAAGUUGAUAUUCCAUUUCACAUUCCACUGUGAUUAGUACUUUACUUUUUAAAAAAAUCA